AUGAAUGCAGGCCGCGCUGCGCUAGAGCCGGAGUUGAAGUACUGUACCACGUCUUCACGUUUGUUGCAGGAACAGGCGCACGACGCCAAGCAGGCCGCGGUCUCGCCAGAGGACACCGAGGAUCUGUCGCCUCUGCCGAACCAAUCACAGCAGCCGGUGCGACGUCGGGGCGGCAUCUCCGCGGAGCCGGUGUCGGAGGAAGAUGCCACAAGCUAUGUCAAAAAGGUUGUGCCUAAGGACUACAAGACGAUGGCGGCACUGUCGAGAGCAAUUGCCAAGAACGUGCUGUUUUCACACUUAGAUGAGAACGAAAGAUCGGACAUUUUUGAUGCCAUGUUCCCCGUAAACUUCCUGCCAGGUGAGCCCAUCAUCCAGCAAGGUGACGAGGGCGACAACUUCUACGUCAUCGACCAAGGAGAGGUGGAGGUAUACGUGAACACAGAGCUGGUGACGACGGUGGGGGAGGGGGGCAGUUUCGGGGAGUUGGCUCUCAUCUACGGCACGCCUCGAGCUGCCACCGUCCGCGCCAAGACAGAUGUGAAGCUGUGGGGCAUCGACCGUGACAGCUAUCGGCGCAUCCUCAUGGGCUCCACCAUCCGCAAGCGCAAGAUGUACGAGGAGUUCCUCUCAAGGGUCUCAAUACUCGAAUCUCUGGACAAGUGGGAGAGACUGACUGUAGCCGACGCGCUGGAGAUGGUGGCGUAUGAGGACGGAGAGACAAUCGUGCGGCAGGGCGAGCCUGGAGACGAUUUUUACAUCAUCGUGGAGGGCACAGCUCUGGUCCUACAGCACAGAGCAGAGGGGGAGGAGCCUACGGAGGUCGGUCGCCUCGGCCAGUCAGACUACUUCGGAGAAAUAGCACUGCUGUUAGAUAGACCUAGAGCAGCCACCGUCGUAGCAAAGGGACCUCUAAAAUGUGUCAAACUCGACAGAGCAAGAUUUGAGCGGUUGCUGGGUCCAUGUGCAGAUAUUCUAAAACGCAACAUCACACAGUACAACAGUUUCGUGUCACUCUCAGUUUAGUGACGCCUAGACUGGGGAACGCGAGCAGAUCGGUCGUCAGUCUUGUCUAAGGCAACCUGUGCCAAUAACUUGAGGCUUUGUUAUCUUACAUUUAGUUAUUUAUUACAUAACACUACACCACACACAAGGAAUUGUCAGGGUCAAUACAUACUAAUUACUUAUUUAUUUUACUCAUUGUUUAAUGGUUUUCACUUUAAAAUAACCAUUCGAAAUUCAAUCCGAUAUUGACCUGAAAUGUCCUCAUUGAAUUUUUGUAAUUUACAAGAUGAGUUUGUGGUUAAAGUUGAGUAGAUUCUAUAUUUUCUGUUACAUUAUAGAACAAUGUUGAUUGUGUUACUUAUGAGAACUAAAUUAUGUAGAAUAAAAGAUAAAAUUUUAUUAAUA